GCAGCCAAGGAGGCUGCGGCACAGCAGGCGGCGGCCGACAAGGCGGCGGCGGCGGAAGCCAAGGCGCGGGCGGCCGAGGAGGCCAAGGCAGCCAAGGAGGCGGCGGCGCAGAAGAAGGCGGCGGACGCCAAGGCGGCGGCGGCAGCCAAGGCGCAAGCGGCGGAGGAGGCUGCCGCCGCAAAGCAGCGGGCGACGGAGGAGGCGGCCGCUGCAAAGCAGCGUGCCGCUUCGGAGGCGGCGGCGAAGAAGGCGGCGGAGGCGGAGGAGCAGGCGGCAGUCAAGAGCAAGUUGGAGCAGUCCAAGGUGGCGGCCGCACAGAAGGCGGCGGCCGACAAGGCGGCGGCGGCGGAGGCAAAGGCGCGGGCGGCGGAGGAGGCUGCCGCCGCAAAGCAGCGGGCGACGGAGGAGGCGGCAGCGAAGAAGGCGGCGGAGGCGGAAGCGAAGGAGGCUGCCGCGGCCGAUGCCAAGGCGGCGAAGGAGGCUGCGGCACAGCAGGCGGCGGCCGACAAGGCGGCGGCGGCGGAGGCAAAAGCGCGGGCGGCGGAGGAGGCUGCCGCCGCAAAGCAGCGUGCGACGUCGGAGGCGGCGGCGAAGAAGGCGGCGGAGGCGGAGGCGAAGGAGGCUGCCGCUGCGGAGGCGGCUCGGCAGAGGGCAUCCGAGGCGUCGUCUCUCGCCGCCGAGGCGCGUCUCCACGGCCGAGUCGGCGGCGCAAGCCGAGCUGCGCGCGGCCAAGGAGCGCGCGGCGGCGGCGGAGGCGGAGGCGUCGCGCGAGGCGGCCGGCGUGGAGCGGGAGGCGAAGGAGCGCGUCGACGCGGCGUCGGGCACUCUCUCGGCCGCCAAGGCGACGUCGCGCGCGCUCGAGAAUGGGAUCAGCGAGCGGGAGACGGCGCGGGCGGCGACGCAGAAGGAGUACGACGGCACCUUCAUCCUCCGCUUCCAGAAGCGCGGCCAGCUCAAGGACGAGGUGAGCCGGCUCAAGAAGGAGAUCAAGGAGGAGGCCAAGAAGCUCGAGAAGGCGGACAAGGCGGUCGAGCAGGCGAGCACCGCCUUCGACAAGCAAAAGGCGUACGCGGACAAGCAGCAGCAGGUCGCGAGCAAGCUCCGCGCCGACGCGGCCGCCGCGGGCGAGAAGUCACUCGCCGCCGCGACGAAGAAGGCCGACUCGGCCGUGGCCGACGCCAAGAAGCAGGCGGCCGCGGCCGUCAAGGCGGCCGAGGGCAAGGCCAAGGCGCUUCUCAAGGAGGCGGACUCGCUGCAGGCCAAGGCCGACAAGCUGCGCUGACGUG